AGUAAGAAAACUGUCUCGAGACUUGGACUACAUAAAAUGUCUCGAUCGUUGUUAUCCAUUACUCCGAGACUGUUUCAACCUUACAGGUGCCUGAAACAACAGUCAGUUAAACUGAAAAAGCAUCCACGAGACUACCCGAAGAUAACCGGAAACGAAUUAUGGCGACGGAAAUUUCGCACACUGUUCCAAUACAAGGACGUCAAUAAGGACGGCUACCUCAAGAAAGUCGACUACGAGAUGAGUGCUUGGAGAAUAAUUCAGUAUAUGGACCUCUCAGGCGAGAUGGCAGCGGACGUAAUGGAGACGCAGCUCCAGAUGUGGGAGUACAUCACCGCCAACGCCCCCUACAUGGAGGGAAUCACACUAAAUGACUUCACGGAAAACUGUCUCAAGGCGUACAACGAGGAAAACACGCGGUUUGGCUUAAUAACUGCCUGCUGCUCCGAGUUUGAUGCCCUGGACUUGGACGCAAACGGAGUGAUAUCGCCCAAGGAACACGCCGCAUUUUUCUAUUCAUACUUCGUUCCUGCAGAACACUCCCCGCCAGUCUUUAGAGCUAUGGACACGGAUAGUGAUGGCGUCAUCACGAAAGCCGAGUUUGUUCAAGGAAUGAUAGACUUUUUACUUAGUGAAGACCCCAAAAGUCCGUAUGUUAACUUUUUCGGACCGCUGGCGAAUUAAACUUUUAUUCCUUAUUUAUUGGUUGAAAAAAUUACAAUUCUGAUUAAAAAAAUUGGAAUAUGAUGCUGGUAGACCUAACAAUUGUAAAAGCAUAAGACCAAUGUGUGAUGUAAAAAUAUGAAAAACACGGUUCAAAGGAACAUUCAUUAAUGACAUAUAAUGCAAAACGUAUUCCAAAAUAGAUGUGAAAUAUAUGGACUGAUAUAUAAAUCCAAAUACCCGAGGUAGAUUUACCUAAAACCGACGUUUAACUUUUUACGCUUCAACAGUUGUUGAAGUGAAAAUGAACAGAGUUGCAGCAAAAAAAUUACAUAACCUAUGAGAUCUGAGUUAACAAAGUUAAACCAUAAGUCACGUACAGAAUAUACGUGAUUCCAUAAGCCUCUGUUACACAGGGUUUGGGACCGCUUGAAAACCGAAUUCUGAUCCACUCUCCAAAUGACUAUCUCAAAUGUUAAAAAAAAAUAGCCGCUAACAUAUUAAAUUC